GCAUCCAAAUAUAUCAAAAUUGUAAAGAAUCACUAUCCACCCAAUUUUCAAAAUUUCCCAAAACUUUGUAAUAGACCCUACCUUUAAUGUCCCUCGUUACAACUGCAGUUUUCUUUGUAAUUAUGACGUGCAGGGCUAGUCAACCGGGUAAACAUCCUGCUCUUUUUAAAAGUCGACAAGGUUAUACUAUAGCUUGCUUGAGAUGUGACUGUCUCAUCUAUAUUUAUCUCUACCAAAGAGUGUCUCAACUUCACAUACAUGACAGAGAACCAAUGCAUCAGUUAUUAGUCAUGCAAAUUCCAAAUCUGGCUAGCUGUGAUAAUUAUUAGAGAAUGCCAUCUUCAAAAUAAUUUCUUUUGGUGAUUUAAAAUCUGAAUGUUUUUUACUUUGUGAAUGACUUUCGUUUCUUCACUUUUUACAGAUAUGAAGAACAGACAACACAAUCCAUCCCCAGCGAAGAAAUUCCAAGCAGCAGUAGGGGAAUUAGCAGGUGAAUAGUACAAGUCACCUUUGACCGCAAAUUCAUGGAGAACUUGGCCUACUCUGCUGAUUUGCUCGCUUCAGGCACACCAGCAUGCUCGAGUGUUUCCACAACCAUAUACUGAUGUAUGCUUCCAAGCGGUAUUCCUUUGACUACCCAGCAAACCGGGCAAGGAAUUUGCUUGCGGUCAUCGACUACAUGGCACACAAGGACAGGCCCGACCAGAUUGAUGAACAAGGCAAUACAAAAUAUGUUGCAGUAUGGUCAAAGCGUGCCAACAACUACGUGGCCCGGAAGGAGAAGGUCCCCAAGACCUACCCCUACAUGUAUGUACAAGGACUCAUCGGUGCGAUACUGGAACGCAGAGAACAGGACCAAGGACCACUGUUCUCGAAGGCUGUUCUGCUCCCUGAUGACCCUAGACACACAAGGCCCCGGCUUGCACCAUUUCCUCCACCACAAGUUGAUGUGAUCCUAGCCAGGAGACUAGGCCGAUUAGAGAAAUCCAUGUAAUCCUCUGUAGUGAACAUUUGGGAUUGUCUGACUUGAGAACUGCUUUUUUUCGAGCAGAGACUAAGGGAUCCAAAUGGCGUCCUUCCGUCCAUCCUCCGUGACUGUACACAAAUUUGAAUGAAGUCUAAUGUGAAAUCUUACCUGCAAAAAUCAGUUAGGGUUGCUAACUUUCCAACCCUACAUCUGUUUGUAACCAUACUUGAUUGGUAGAUGCCCUUUAUUGGCCUCCAUGAUAUUCUGGAGUUGAAGGUCACAUAAGUAGGUCAAAGGUCAAAUGAGGUUCAUUGUUGCAUGAUUGCAUGCAAGACUCUUAAUCGCCUCGAUUUAAUUUGUCCAUGUGGCAUGUUUUUAGGCUAUCUUGAGGAUUGGUUGGAACUUAACAUUUUGGACUCAUUUGGUUGCUAAUGAUUUUGUGGUCCGGAGGUGAAAGAUUGCAUGGCUUAGCAUUACGAGCAUGUAUUCUUGAUAUGUCAGAGACCCUUUGACAAAAUACCACCAAACUUGAUACUAGAGUGUCCCUGGGGAUCAUGGGGAUGUGGUUAUCUGGAGAAAAAAAAUCACAUAACACAUGAUAUACAUGUACCAGAAAUAAAUUGUUAUUGUUGCUAGAUUAGCCACCAUGCUUGGCACUUGUAUAUUGUAUUACAAUAAGAGGUUGGCAAGUUUACAAAUGGAAGAAAUGUAGGAAUAUAAAAGACAAAUUGUGACAUCAGUGUAUAAAAGCUCUAUGUGAUUUAUACAAUUCAUAAUUUGUGAUAAAAUCAGUGCUUGCUCAUGUGGAAAUGGUGGAUAUUUCAAUUUGUAUCUAUUUGGCAACCUAUAUUCCUUGAAGAAGUUACGGUAGUAAUUAUAAAAUUUACAGCCAAGAGGUCAAACCAUGAGUCAACAAUGUGUUUGGUUUUAGUGACUGUGCAUGUAACUGAGGUGACAGUCGAUCAUGAAAAAGACUAUACUUCGGAACCUGUUGAAAAUCAACAUGGACAGAAGAAAGAUUUGUAGAAUAUCUUAUUGUAAAUAGUCUUCAUUUUUUAUUUAAUGCAAUCAAUGUGACUAAAAUAAUGCAAGCGAAAAAGAGAAAUGAUCACAAGACAGCAAAACAGUUGGUUUCAUGCAUCAUUUGAAUCAAUGAACGUGAAUCAGCUCAACGCCAAAGUAUUGCGGUUCAAGGUUAUACCAUCAAGAGAUAUGCUGCCUGUAACUACUUUGUAGUUUGAAAGGGUGUAUAAAGGAAUAAGGAUACAGUUGGGCAGGCGAGUCUUUCUGUUGGUCUAUUGUAAAAAACUGGGUCAAAUUUUUUUGCAAAUUGUAAUAAAACUUGGUAUACCGAUUGACCCGAGGGUGUGCAAGACACAUUUGUUGUGUCUGUCUGUUAAGGUACCUCCAUGGUAACCAAGCUUUGCACAAAGAAUACAAUUUUGUUUUAAUAAUCUUGUGGAGCAUAUUCUUUCCAAGUUUUAGCAAUUUUAUAGUUUUGGUAUCUUUGAUGAGGCAUUAUAAUAACAGUAUAAAACUCAAUGCAUGUGCAGUGUGUAAAAUAAGUAUGUGAGCAAACUAUUGGAAGUAGUUUGAUCGAUUCAUAUGAAACUCAGUACACACAACGCAGAAUUGUCUUUUGUGUGCGUAUAGGACAUGACCAGUUUUGAAAUGUCUGUGCUAUUUUUUUGAAAAACCUUAUGUUGGAUGUUAAUCACUUGAGGUGAUAUUCAUAGUCGAGCAUUAGGGAAGAUGAAAGACAUAUAUGUACCUAACUAUACUUAAUUUUGUGCUGAAACUGAUAUGAUUCAGGAUUUGAGAUCGAUAUGGAGUAUGUAUACAUGUAUACUCGUACACA